UUUCUACCCUUUACCAAAUUUUAAAACAGACAAGAGUUUUCAGUUUUCUUCUUCUACUCCAGUUUUCACUCUCGAUUGAUAGAUCACUGAUUACACUCAAGGCUCGCAAUUUCUUCUUCCACUACCAUAAACCCUAGAUUUUAUAUCAAGUGAUAUUUCAUUAGUUAAACUGGUUUGGUUUUCUGAUUCCAAAGACAUGAGUACCGGAGAUCUUCUCAGCAUUCAACCCUCGGAACUCAAAUUCCCAUUUGAAUUGAAGAAGCAGAGCUCCUGUUCUUUGCAAUUGACUAACAAGACAGAUAAAUAUGUGGCUUUUAAGGUUAAAACGACCAAUCCCAAGAAAUACUGUGUUCGUCCCAACGCUGGCGUCAUUUUGCCCAGGAGCACUUGCAAUGUUACAGUUACAAUGCAAGCUCAAAAGGAGGCGCCCCUUGAUAUGCAAUGCAAGGACAAAUUCCUUCUUCAGAGUGUUGCUGCAUUUGAUGGUGCAACUACAAAAGAUAUAACUCCGGAUAUGUUUAAUAAGGAAGAUGGUAAGGUUGUGGAGGAGUUCAAGUUGCGUGUUAUAUACAUCCCUGCCAAUCCUCCCUCACCUGUCCCAGAAGAAUCUGAAGAAGGAUCAUCUCCGAGGGCAUCUGUUCUUGAGAAUGGAAGUAAAGAUUCUUCUUUGCUUGAAGCUAUAUCAAGAUCUUUAGAGGAGCCCAAAGAGAAAUCUGCUGAGGCAUGGUCUACAAUUUCUAAGUUGACUGAGGAGAAAACUUCUGCUCUGCAGCAGAAUCAACAGCUACAACAAGAACUGGAACUGAUGAGAAAGCAAAUUAGCAAAAAUCGUGCCGGUGGCUUCUCUUUAUUUUUUGUGUUUCUGGUUGGACUAUUAGGCAUCUUCAUUGGCUAUGUUGUGAGAAGUUCAUAGAAACCAACCAGGUAAUACUUGUCAUAUUGGUUUACCGGCUGCAAUUGUCAAGCCUCCACAUAGUUCUUUAACACGUUUUAAGGACCUCACGUAGUUUGUAAAAUUAGUCUGAUGUAUUAUUGGCACUUGCAAUAAUUGAUAUUUUAGAUGUUUGAACAAGACUUUUUAUCUGAAGUUUGGGUAUAUCUUAGUCUUUGUUUUUGUUUUUUUGUCA